GCAACCGUAGCUCACUGUGGAACCCGAGGUUGUUGAGCAGAGAAGAACUCGCGUCGUCAGUAAGGUCCGAAUUUUGAAGUGACUGUGAUUUGAGUGGUACCGAUACGAAAGGACUUUUCCAGGCGGUGAUAGUGUGUGAUUGUUUAUCUUGCGGUGAAAGCGGAUAACGUGCAAAUCAAGUUGUUAGUAGAUCUCACAAUCUGAGAUAGUAGCGAAAAGCAAAAUGCGUGCGAUAGUGCUAAUUUCGGUCCUGUGCGCAGGACUAGCAACCGCCUUUCCCCAGCAAGCCAUAGAUCCUGCCUACCUGCGUCAGUACUACCAGCAGAUUGCGCAACAGGCUGUAGCCCAAGAAAGUCUGGCAGAACCUCGUGCCGACGCAACUCCAAUCUACGAACAGGGUGCUCAGGAGCAGCAGCACAUUCCACAGUACCUCCAGCAAGGCCAACAGAUCCGUUUGCGGGACAACGUUCAGGAUCAGAUUCAACGACAAUUCCAGCAGCCCCAACAGCAGCAGGUAGCUCGGCAAUAUCAGCCGCAAUACCAACCGCAACAAGUUCAGUACGUCCAGGAGCAGCAGUACACUCAACCAAAGCAGUUGAAGGUGUCCAAACCACGACCAGCUCAACAGUACCAAUCGCUCGGUCAAGGCGGCGGCCAGCGGCAGCUCGAUGAAGAUGAAGACUUCGAUGCCAAUCCAUCCUACCAGUUUGGUUUCGAUGUGAAAGAUGACGAGUACACCAACUACCAGAACCGCAAGGAGCAGCGCGAAGGAAACGUGAUCAAGGGCAGUUACUCGGUUGUCGAUUCCGACGGGUUCAUUCGUACUGUUACCUACACCGCCGAUCCAAAGGAGGGAUUCCGGGCCGAAGUGAGCCGCCAGCCGACCGACAUUGUGGUCAAGAUUCCCAAGCCAAACCCCGAGUACCAGCAGCAGCAGAUUCAACAGCACCGUGUCCAGGCGCAGCAACCGCAAAAACCCCGACCGGACUAUACCCAGUACCAGUGAGAGCCGCAGCAGCAUGGUGCUGCUAAACCAGGCGCAAUGGCUGAUGAUAUACAGAAAGACUUUGGAGUUUAGUUCCAAUCCAUCCAUCCUAGGCCUACCUCUCGUCCCAUCAUUCAUCCAUCCUGUGUCCCCGAAAUCUAGUAUCUCAUCAUCUUAAAGGAAAAAAGCUGUAAUUUAUGAUAUUGUAAUAAUAGCUUUAGUUUUAAAUAUUCUACGUUAGAACAAAACACCGUUAAGCAUUAUCACUUGUGCACACGCCGUUGAAAAAAUAUCGUCUAGCGUUGACCGCAAAAAAAAAUCUAAAAUUAACAACGAAAGUAAUUUGCUAUCGUAUACCAGUCCUUGCUUGCUGCAAUCUUCCGUUUAAUGGAUGUGAGUAUCCUCUUUUCACCUCUUUAGUCGCAAAAAUAAAAACAAAAUCAAACUGUCCAUAUUUCACGGCAACGUUAGAGAAACAGGCAUGCCAGAAAACUGUUAGUCACCAUCUGAAUAAUGUGUAAAACGAUAGAAAUACAAAAAAUAAUACGAAUUUAAA